ACUCAAGCUCCGGGUGGAAGCCAUGUCCGCCAGCCGAGCGAAAUCCCGGACGGCCCGUUCCCGUAUCGAAACCCCGGGUACACGCAGCAGCUCGAGCCCGCCUUCCCGCAGACCAUCCGACAAGGCCGUGCCACAUACCCAGGCGAAUGAAAAGGUCUACUUGAAGGAAAGAGAAAACCCACUGGCUUGGAAAUUUAUUUCCUCUUCUCAAAUGUCUGAUCUUGUACAAUUGACAGUGGAUGGAGUUCAAAAAACAUUGGCAGAAAUUCUACAUCUCAAGCACUACCAGAAUUGCAUGAAAGAAGGCAUCCUCUUAGAUUAUUAUGUUUCUGGGUUUUGGUGGGCAAAAGAGCAGAAUUUUACAAUGCUGCAAACAUCUGCCUUCGUGACUCUAUUAAAUAUCAUUUUGGAGAACGUCAGUGAGAAACAUUUGCCAUUGCUAGAUAAUUUAAAAGAACUCAAGAAAGUCAUGGCCGACGUUGUUCAGUCAAGUUCAGAUAAGAGACGUGACGGAGAGUUCUUCACUGUCGACCAAGCCAAGGCCAUUAUUAGUUACAUGAAGAUCAGUUUAUUUCAGCAUUACAAAUUGUAUGAGUUCCUUUUCCGUCAAACACCAGAUAUAGAGAUUCUAGACACAGAGCUUGAGGUAGAAGUCAUCGAAUCAGCAGAUCCAUUCCCUCCACCACUGGAGGAGAGUUUAACCUGGGAUAUCUAUUCAUCAUAUAUACUGCUGCAGCCACCAGAGGACUUGGUACGAGAGGUUGAGGUGGAGGUUGAGGAGAGUAAGGAAGUUACAGAAACAACAACUGUGGAUCCUCUGGCGAUUUACACCAUUGAUGAUGUCAAAUCAGUGCUGGGUGAAGUAACAGGAGAAGCACUCAGGAAUUUACAGACUGAGAUAAGCGAAAAACUUCAGAAACAGGAAGAGGCCUACACUGUGAGAAUCAGCAAACUGAUAAAGCAAUGAGAUAUGUGACAGGAGGAGCUGUCAGCCUCUCACUGCACGCUGCAGGCCAACAAGAUGUGCUGCUUGUUCGGCUAAUUAUUUCUUUUCAAAAUAGGUGAUAGCGAGGGUUGAUAUUAAAAUUGUUUAUUUUGUUCACAAGAAAUAGUGUUUGGCACUUUGUUUGGUGAGGAUCAAGAGCCGUGCAUCAUGUUUGUUAUGUUUGUGUCCUUUGUGCUUAUACUGUGUAUGUAAACAAACUAUGGCUUAUUUUCCUGAAGAUUGUGCCCAUUAAACCUUAUUCUGUUGGAAUGUU